AAGAAGAAAGAUGCAGAUUUGUCUGUUGCUCAGGGUCGUAUUAAGGAUCUUGAAGUGCUGUUCCAUAGAAGUGAAGCAGAACUCAAUACUGUCCUGAAUGAGAAACGCAGUCUAGAAGCAGAGGUGGCAGAUUUGCGUGCCCAGCUUGCUAAGGCUGAAGAUGGUCAUGCUGUAGCUAAGAAGCAGUUGGAGAAGGAGACACUCAUGCGUGUGGACCUGGAGAAUCGGUGCCAGAGCUUGCAAGAGGAUCUGGAUUUCAGGAAGAAUGUGUUUGAGGAGGAAAUAAGGGAAACAAGAAAACGACAUGAACACCGUCUGGUGGAGGUGGACACUAGUCGCCAACAGGAGUAUGAAUCUAAAAUGACUCAGGCCCUGGAGGAUCUGCGAAAUCAACAUGAUGAACAAGUCAAACUGUACAAAAUGGAGCUUGAGCAGACCUAUCAGGCUAAGCUGGAGAAUGCCAAACUGUCCUCUGACCAAAAUGACAAAGCUGCUGGUGCAGCUCGAGAGGAGUUGAAGGAGGCUCACAUGAGAAUAGAAGCUCUCAGCUACCAGCUUUCUGGCCUUCAGAAGCAGGCUAGUGCAGCAGAAGAUCGCAUUCGUGAAUUGGAGGAAAUGAUGGCUGGUGAGCGGGAAAAGUUUAGGAAGAUGCUAGACGCAAAGGAGAGGGAAAUGACAGAAAUGAGGGACCAGAUGCAGCAGCAGCUUACAGAGUACCAGGAACUGCUUGAUGUUAAAUUAGCCCUGGACAUGGAGAUUAGUGCUUACCGAAAACUCCUGGAAGGAGAAGAGGAAAGGCUGAAGCUCUCUCCGAGUCCCUCCUCCCGUGUAACAGUCUCUCGGGCCACCUCCAGCAGCAGCAGUAGCAGUACUUCACUUGUUCGCUCUUUCCGAGGCAAGAGAAAACGUAUUGAAGCAGAGGAGCUUUCAGGCAGUGGAACAAGUGGAAUUGGCACUGGAAGUAUUAGCGGCAGCAGUAGUAGCAGUAGCUUCCAAAUGUCCCAGCAAGCUUCAGCUACAGGAAAUAUCAGCAUAGAAGAGAUAGACCUGGAGGGCAAAUACGUUCAACUGAAGAACAACUCAGAGAAGGAUCAGUCUUUGGGUAACUGGAGACUGAAAAGGCAAAUUGGAGAUGGAGAAGAAAUUGCUUACAAAUUUACUCCUAAGUAUGUCCUCAGAGCUGGGCAGACUGUUACAAUUUGGGGUGCAGAUGCAGGCGUAUCUCACAGCCCCCCUUCUGUUCUUGUGUGGAAGAAUCAAGGCAGCUGGGGCACCGGAGGAAAUAUCCGCACAUACCUCGUAAACUCUGAAGGAGAGGAAGUUGCAGUGAGAAGUGUUACUAAAUCAGUAGUCAUGCGAGAGAACGAAGAGGAAGAGGAUGAAGCAGAGUUUGGAGAGGAAGACCUUUUCAACCAACAGGGGGAUCCCAGAACAACCUCUAGAGGAUGCUCAGUAAUGUGAAGAAAGAAAAACAGAAACUAUUAUUUGCUAACUUUUUUCAUCUAUUUCCUUUUAUUUUUGCUAUUUUUUUCCCUCCAGAGCCACUGAAAACUAUUUUUAUAUGCAUUGUCUGAUUUCUUUGAAGUUUACUCCUUGGUACAGUUUUAUAAAAAAUUUCAA